AAACUUCAAAAGUAUAAUAAAUUUUAUUGGAUCGGUUGACAUCACGGUUUGAGGUAGGUAUACCAACUUUUUAAGCUAAGCUAUCAAAUCAAAACCAUGAUAACAGCACAGAAUAAUUAUUAUGUGAUAGUAGCAUUGAUAAACGUAUUACUAAGAUUUGUUUUAACUUUUUGAAAUCUAAAUUUUAGUCCUCGUAGUAAAUUAUAAAUUUUAAGUACUAAAUACAAUAAUAGUCGUCAAACUUUAAUGAUUUAUAAACAAAAAAGUAAAAUUUAAAGUCAGUGAUCCAAAGCUCUGUAAACGUUUUAGGGACUUUGAAAAAAAAUUUUAUCGUUUCAUUCUUAGUUUUUACUUUCAAUCAAAUAAUCAAUUAAACUGGUGAGCCGGCUGUCCACAAUGGGGAUUAUGAUGGUUGACUGCUUAAAUAAUGAUACUGUUAGACAAUUUCUGUGUGCGACUCAACUUGCAGCAAUCAACCUCAAAAAUAUAUCAAAAGAAGUUGAUUUUAUAUUAAUGAUCUUGUCUCAUCCAAUCUUGAAAAAAUACCCACUGAAAACCACAUACAUCACUAGAUUUUUGAAAGCAAUUAUUAGUCAAAUGGAAAAUAGUGGAAUUGAACUGCCCGAUGAAUUAUAUUUAAAAUAUGUCGAAUUCAUACAAAAAGAAUCUAAUGAAGGACCUUUUUAUAAACACUAUGUACUUGAUAAUGAUAUUAUUAGUAACGAGUUAGUAGAGUCAGUCAUAACUAUCCAAGAAAGUAUCAGUAUAGUUUCACAAGGAACCACAGGACUCUGCACUUGGCAGGCUGGUAUAGCACUAAGCUGUUGGUGUUUUAAAAAUCAAGAUAAACUCAAAGACAAGUUUAUCAUUGAAUUGGGUUGUGGGACUGGAUUAAGUGGAAUAAGCGCUUGUAUAAAUUGUAGACCAAGUGAAUAUUGGUUUACAGACUGUCACACAACAGUUUUAAAUACCCUAAGACAUAAUACACAAAUUAAUGAAACACAUCAUAAAUUCAAUUGUAAAUAUGAUAUUGUUCAAUUUUCUUGGAACGAUAUAGAGGGUUUGAAAAUGUUUGAAAAGAAAAAACCAGAUUUGAUUCUAGCAGCUGAUGUGAUCUUUGAUCAUACAAUGUUUGAACCAUUAUGUAGUUCAUUAAGGUAUUUUACAAACAAUAAUACAACCGAAAUAUUACUUUUUUGUACAUUGAGAAAUCCUGAAACUUAUACAAAGUUCCUUGAGACCUUACAAAAGUAUGACCUAAAAUUUACACAAAACAUUUUACCUAAAAAUUAUUCAAUUUUGUUACAACAAGAAUGUCCAAUAUAUAUCAUACAUAUAAAACAGAAUGUGGUUCAUAAUCAGGACUAAUAUUUGGAUGAUAUCGUCUGAAGUCAUCAAUAACAAUGUCUUUUUCUUUCAUCGCCUCCUGAAAUAAUAAUAAAAUGCUUUAUGUAAAAAAUAUAUCUAUACUUGAAUUACUAUAAAAAGCAAUGAAAAAUUAAAAAGAAUAUAACUAAUGUUGUUGUAAAUUCAUGUUAUAACAUUAUAUGUAUGGUGUACCUAUGGCAUUAUCAUUA